AUGGCUGAUAUCAAAAUCGGCAAGCAGGAUGAAAUCGGCCUUGAGCAUCUUGACCGGGUCGAUUCCAAGGACUCUCAGCACCGCAACAUCGUCAGCGAAGAUGCAAAGCAUCUAAAUGGCUACUGGGGCUCGCCUCGCCUUGUGGGCUCCCUCGCAGCUGCAAUCCUGCUAGCAAACAGUUGUUAUAUCGGCUAUGGAAUGCCUGCUGGCAUUCUCAAUGUCAUUAACGCUGAUAUCGGACCUUCAUCAAACAUCUACCUCAUCACACUGGUCUACUCCUUGUUUAUGGGAGUGCUACACCUAUUCUUCGCCCGUCUUUCAGAUGUUGUUGGUAGACGAUAUUUCCUGAUCGGAGGACAGUUAUUUGGGGUUAUCGGCUCUAUUAUCUGUGCUAAAGGCAACAGCGUUGACGUCCUUAUCGUCGGAAGCGCUCUCGCUGGAACUGGUGGUGCAGCAGGACUACUCUACCCUGUUGUCAUCCACGAAUUGAUACCCAACAAGCAUCGCCACUGGGGUCAGGCUGGCGUAACGCUCAGUGUUCUGCCAACUUUAGGCUUCGGUGCAGCAAUUGCACGCACCAUGGUUGCCCACACAAGUGUGGGAUGGAGAGGCGUAUACUGGUUGAACGUUGCAGUCUCUGGAUUGUCCGCGGUCCUCUUUCUCACCUGCUAUUUCCCCCCGAACUUUCAUAUGAUCAACAGUAGAAUGACUAAAUGGCAAGAGGUGAAGGCCCUCGACUACGGUGGGCUCUUGCUCUACUUUGCCGGUCUUAUCCUGGUUAUUCUAGGAUUCACCUGGGCUCAAGGCACAUACGCAUGGCAAAGUGCACAGGUCCUCGCCUCCUUGUUAGUGGGUGGCAUCACCUUGGUCGGAUUCGCCUUGUAUGAGGUUUAUAUGCCACUCAAACAGCCUCUCUUACCUGUCAGACUCUUCAAAAUUCGAAACAUCACGGCUUCUAUCUUCAUUGGGUCCACGAUGCAAAUGAUCUGGACUGUUUCUCUCGUUUUUUGGCCGAUCCAGAUCAAUGCUCUUUUUACCACGGACGAAGUAACUAUCGGACUGUUAUCCUGUGCUCCAGGAAUCGCCCUGGCCAUGGGCGAACUUAUCUUCGCCCCUCUCUUCAGAACUCUCGGACAUCUGAAAUGGCAACUUGUUACCGCCUCUUCAAUGACUGCCAUCUUCGGGGCUGCUAUGGCUGCUGUUGACGAGGAGAGAAGAGAUAUGGGUAUUGCUUUUACAAGCCUGGCCGGUCUUGCUGUCGGAUGGGUUGAGCUGGUCACCAUCGUCAUUACAGGACUUGUAGCUCCCCCACAUGAUAUCGGUGUUGCUCAAGGCUUUCUCGGUGCAACUAGAGCAGUUUUUGGCACGGUCGCUGUGAGCAUCUAUAUAGCAAUCUACGGCAAUAGGUUGACUGCAUACCUCCCUCAAGAAAUCAUUCCCGCCGUCGAGAAUGCUGGCCUUCCUAAGAGCAGCCUCCCAGACCUGCUCGCUGCCAUGGAAAAUGGCACUGCUGCGGCUUUGGAGGCUGUAUCCGGCAUGAACGACGAAAUACUGGGCGCCAUGGCACUCGCCACUAAGCACGCCUAUGCUCAUGCUUUCCAGAUUGUCUACUUGGCAACAUUAGCCUUCACAGGAAUUGGCUUGAUUGCCUCAUUCUUCAUCACGGACAUCAAAGAGUUUCUCACUGACUAUGUCAACAAGACCAUUCACAGGCCCAACAUUGGAAGUAAGACCGCGACAGCGGAUGUUUAG